AAGAAUUAAUACUUCAUGAUCUUUGACGACUAACCAUCAAUUGGCUCCGCGUUCAAAACACGGUUGAUCCUCGUGGAUUAAAAAAACGCGUAAUGUUUCAAUAAAUUGGCAAGUGUCUGAUCACGUGAUUGUGCCGACGAAAAAUUUCGUAAGUGUCCAAUAAAUUUGUGGCAGAGCGUUCACAGAAAGCGAUUCACACGAUCAAUAGUGAUCGGUCGUUUUUACAGUGCAAUCCAUCGUUGCUGAAUUCCUCUCGUGCAACAAUUCCUCGAACGUCUGAAAUUUCUUCGCAAGCCAGCACGAUUUUCUCGUCCAGAAAGUCGAGAUUAUGAUAUCUCUUCAAUCACACAAUCAGGUUUUAUACCAUCUAACACAGUUGACCUUGGCAGUGACUCCUAGGACAACUUCAUAUUCUGUCCAAACUAAGAAACAAGAUGAGUCUUCGCAAAAGAAUACAGAAGAGACAAUUUGCCGGGAUAGUCUUGAAGAGGCGGCGAAAAAUUGUACUGAACUACCAAAAAUGAAUUUGAGCGCUUCAAAUGCGUUAAGAAUGAAAAAGAAUAAGGUGUGCGUAAUAUUAGACGAUAUAACUAUUAGUGUAUUUAGAAGACCUUUAGAAGAAAAUAAGUGGAGAGUGUCAUAUUUGUCUGGCCUAAGUUUUGCCGAAAACAAACGGGACUUUCCAUGCUCCUCGUUGACAGAGCCUGUCAUUCUACCUGUCAUAAAUCUAGCAUCCAGCAGACAGCAACACAGACUGUUACAUACAUGGUAUGCCAAAACGCUACACAAUCAUAUGCCAAUUCGUACAUUCAAGUCUCAGCGUAGUUUAAAAAUGGAAUUGGAGCAGAAUCCAACACUUGUGAGCAGAAUAAAGAAGUGGCUUGGAUUAUCUUCUAAUCUUAAUGUGGGUUUGGUGCAAGAACCAAAGAGUUCGGAUUACGAAAAAUUAAAACAGAUUUUCAAUAACACCGAGGCAACAAUGGACGAGCAGAAGAGAAUAAAAAUCGCCUUUGUAGAGGGAUACGAGUCUGGAUUGCAACGGCAGAUGCGAGGUCGAACAAUUUGGCUGAAGGUCAUGCAGAAUAUAGUAAUUGUUUCUGCAGUUAUGUUCAUAAUCUGGGCUUAUCUUAGCUAUCCAGGAGGAGGAAUAUUCAAGCUUCCUAUGAGUCAUAGAAUAGAAAUUGAUCCUGAGGACAUUAAUGUUACUUUUAAUGAUGUUAAAGGAGUAGACGAAGCAAAACAGGAGCUGCUGAAUGUGGUGGAAUUCCUAAAGAAUCCAGACAAAUUUUCCGCCCUUGGCGGAAAAUUGCCGAAGGGAGUGCUAUUGGUUGGCCCACCAGGAACGGGAAAGACAUUAUUAGCCCGCGCCGUUGCUGGAGAAGCUGGUGUACCGUUCUUCCAUGUGGCAGGUCCUGAAUUCGAUGAGAUUCUUGUCGGCCAGGGUGCCCGGCGCGUCAGGGAUUUGUUCAGAGCGGCAAAAGAAAAGGCGCCAUGUGUCGUGUUUAUUGAUGAGAUCGAUUCCGUAGGUGCAAAAAGAACAAACUCGGUUCUUCACCCUUAUGCGAAUCAGACGAUUAAUCAAUUGCUCUCUGAAAUGGAUGGCUUCCGCCAGAAUGAAGGUGUUAUAGUUCUUGGUGCUACAAAUAGACGCAAGGAUCUUGAUAAAGCACUAAUGCGUCCUGGCCGUUUCGACGUUGAAAUUUACGUUAACAAGCCUGACUAUCUUGGUCGUAAAGAAAUACUAGAUCUUUACUUAUCCAAAAUAUUGACGCAUGACGUCGAUACAGUUUAUUUAGCACGCUGUACGACAGGAUUCACCGGAGCCGAUCUUGAAAAUAUGAUAAAUCAGGCUGCGCUACGUGCAGCAAUUGACGAAGCAGAUUGCGUCACCAUGAAGCACUUGGAGUAUGCUAGAGACAAGGUGCUAAUGGGUCCCGAGGGUAAAUUAAAGUUACGCGAUGAAGAAGUAAAUCGUAUCACAGCAUACCACGAAGCAGGACAUGCUUUGGUGGCAUUUUAUACAAAGGAUGCUACCCCACUUCAUAAAGUUACUAUUGUACCACGAGGGCCAUCAUUAGGUCAUACUUCUUAUAUGCAUGAAAAAGACGUUUAUCACAUCACAAAGUCGCAGUUGUUAGCAAAUAUGGAUGCUAUGAUGGGUGGCAGAGCUGCUGAAGAGUUAAUAUUUGGUCCGGAAAAAGUAACGACUGGAGCUUCUUCUGAUUUAGUGGAGGCAACAAAAGUAGCGGAGAUGAUGGUGAAAAGUUAUGGAAUGUCGGAUAAGGUGGGAUUGAGGUCAAUGAUAGAGAAUAAGAAGCUUUUCAGUAACGACAACACGUACGCGCCAAGCACGAACGAGCUUAUCGACAACGAAGUAAAACGGUUAUUGCAGGAAUCCUUCGAGCGCGCAAAAACAAUCUUAAAAACACAUGCGAAAGCACACAAGCAGUUAGCAGAAGCGUUAUUGCAAUAUGAGACAUUGGAUGCGGGUGAUGUGGCUGCUAUAGCAAAUGAAACAGGAUUUAGUAAACGAGAAUCGUCUGUAGAUACGAAGAGAUCGACAAAGGGAUCUCAAUCCUAACGCGAUUAUUUGAAAAUAAAUUUAUCGAGAAGGUAAGAAGCAAAUGUAUAAAAUUCGCACAAAUGAUUUCUGUAUUUUGUACGAAAUCCAUAAUAUGAAAUACACUUGAGAGGCAAAUCGCGA